AGCUUCCGGUGCAGCAUCUUGUUUUGGCUCCGACGGAGUUGCACUGGCUACUUUGGCGCUUUUGGCGUUGGGUGAGCGGUAUCUUCGGACCCACAUGAGCCAAUGGCACCGUGCCCGCGGCGGCUGGGGCCGGGGACACGGCUUUUCUGGACGUUCGUCGGCCAAGAAGAGGGGUGGGAACCAAAUCCCGGAAAGGUGGCAAGACUAUCUCCCAGUUGGACAGAGGAUGCCUGGAACUCGUUUUAUUGCUUUCAAAGUUCCUUUGAAAAAGAGUUUUGAAGGGAGACUUGCUCCAGAAGAACGCUUUUCCCCCUUGGAUCUUUUUAACAAAAUCCAAGAACAGAAGGAAGAACUUGGACUAAUUAUUGAUUUAACAUAUACUCACCGCUAUUAUAAACCAGAGGACUUACCAGAAACUAUUCCUUACUUAAAAAUUUAUACAGUUGGGCAUCAGGUGCCUGAUGACGACACUAUUUUAAAAUUCAAACGUGCUGUUAAUGGGUUUUUGAAAGAAAAUAAAGAUAAUGACAGACUUAUUGGUGUCCACUGUACCCAUGGUUUAAACAGGACUGGCUACCUCAUCUGCAGAUAUUUGAUUGAUGUGGAAGGCAUGAGGCCAGAUGAUGCCAUUGAAUUAUUCAAUAGAUGCCGAGGACAUUGCAUAGAAAGACAAAACUACAUUGAAGACCUUCAGAAUGGUCCCAUCAGAAGGGAUCGGAAUUCCAGUGUAUCCAGAUCAAGUGGUUUUGAAUACUCACCAUAUAUGAUGGAACCAGUCCACACCUCUAAUAAUGCUGUUCACCAAGGACCUAGGAAUAACGUGCAUUGGACCCGUUACCCAACACCUUCUCGGCAUUUCCACACCCAGACCCAAGAUUUACAGCAGUCAGUAAGAAAAUUUUCACAGAAUCAGAACGUUUACCAGAGAGGCCAUAACCCUCCUCCUGGUCCCCCCGGAGAGGACUAUUCACAAAGAAGGUACUCUUGGAAUGUACAGCCAAAUGCCAGUCAAGUAGUGCAGAAUCAAAGGUGGUGUCCUGGCACUUACUAUGGACUAUCCUAUCCAGCCUAUUAUGGGUGGACCCAAUGACGCAAACCUACCCUGGAAAUAUACUUGGAGACAGCAGGACUGAAGACUGUUGGAGUGACUUUUUAUAAGAUCAGGUCAAAUGAGAUUUAUAAUCUAUUUUUUUUCUCCCUUAAGUUCAAACAUAAGGAAAAAUUAUAUUAAUACUUAGUUCUUUCCUGUUAAAUUUGCAGUAUUUGCAAUAGUGAAGGAAAUAAUCUGUUGCUCCAGUCUUAAAAUUUUUAAAAGGAAGAUGUUAUUUUAGAACUGAUAAAGUAAUAAAGAACAUCCUUUGUACAUAAUUUUUAAAGAUUCUAUGUUUUCUAUGCAUUUCCUUUUGACUAGAUUUGUGUUAUGAAUGUGUAUGUACAAAAAUUUCUAGCUAUGUUCUAUUGUGUCAUGUUCUAUUAUUGACCCAAUUAUUAACAAUAUAUAUAUAUAUAUUUUUUUUUUUUCUUUACCUCUAACUGUUCAAGAUUUCUAUUAAAAUCUACCUAGGAGACAAUCUCUUUGGAACCUACUCACUAUUUGUAAUUAGUGGUGGUAUCUUUGUGGUUAGACAUUUCUUUCUUUGGCAUUCUAUUGUGGGAUUUGACCACCUUCCUUGCACUGAAUUGUCAGGUAUGCCAUCUAACACAGGACUGGAUAAACAUUUAAGGAUUGAUUGUCAAUUGGGCAAGAGAAUGAUGAACCAGAAUGCUGGGUAAUUUACCUGACAGGGUAAUUGUUACCAACUGCGUAGAACUACUCAGAAAACUUUCGUAGACUAUAAAGUUUGCUUAAUGAACAGAAUAGGAUAUGACAUUUAAAGUCUGGGAAAUCUGAGAAGACUUUCAUGGCUCCUUACAUUUUUGCUUCUUUGUUGAAUAUAAAUGGAAUAUAACUUGCUGGAAUCUUUCUCCACUUGCCUCUCACAGUGCAGUAGUGCCUUGACCUUCAAAUUUUCUAAGUUGUCUCUUUUGCUGCUAUACCUCUAGAACACACAGAUGGAUCAUGUGAGAGGUGUUAGUUUUAGUUGCAGAGGAAGCCAAACACCUUUGUUUGCUUAAUAAAGUAUUUCAGCAUCAUAACACCAAAAGCCUCGGUAGAUAUUUGAUGAAUUCUUGGGCAACUUGGCUUCAUUUUGAAAGCCUCUUUCUUUGAAAAUUUGUAUCAGAAUGUCUUAUACUGCAUGUGAUAAUUAGUUUAUCUGUUCACUUUUAUAUGUGAACAACAUGUUGAACCUGACCUUAAUGAAAUGCUCUAACUCAGCUA